AUGGCACGAAAGGCCAAAGAAGACAAUCCUACAGAUAUGAUGCUCCCGGCCUUCCGCCGGUGCAACCCUCAGCCAAUGUCCGUCGGUACGCGGUGCCUGCUGUUGGUGGUGGCGGCGCUCCUCCUCAUGCCGACCUCGGGCCCUGCACUCCUGGCCAAGGCUGCUUCCGACACCUCGUCGUCGUCAACCCUUACGGGCGGUCAUGAAGGCAGCGCCCGGUUGCGGGGCUCGCUAGGUCGUGCGGGAGCUGCGGGGGAGCGAAGGGCGGUGGCGGAGGCCGCAGCGGAUGACAUCAUCUUUCCCUUAUUCAGGCCACCCCCGCCUCCGCCUCCUCAAUGCCGUCGAUUAGUCGGCGGCAUUCCCAUCUGGGUACCAUGCCCCAAGCCGCCGCCGCCCAGGUCGCCGCCACCUCCUUGCUACGUAAUCAAAGUUAUCCAGGGCACCCCCGUCAAGCUGCCUUGCAUGUCGCCGCCGCCGCCAUCACCGCCACUGCCCCCGCCGCUGCCGCCAUCACCUCCGCGAUCCCCACCGCCCCCACCGCGCCCGCCUCUGCCACCGCCUCCUUGCUUCGUCACCAUCACCGUCGGCGGCCAGAUCAUCAAGAUCCCUUGCGACCUCGUGAAGCGCCCGCCUCCACCGCCGUCUGCCAGUUCCGCUCCCCGGCCGCCGUGCGUGCUGUACGCCGUCGACAAGGACGGUAGUUUGAUUCCGAUUUCCUGCGACCUGGUGCCGCAGCUGGCGACGCCCCAAUUUAACUUGCUUGUCGUACUGGCUGACAACAAACGGCUGAGCCAGUAG